AUGGCGACGAAGCACACCAAGGUCCUCAUUAUCGGCGCCGGCGCGAGCGGUAUCAUUGCGGCUGACAGCCUCAAGGUCCGCCUGGGGGUGGACGACUUUGUCGUUGUCGAGAAGACGCGCGCGGUGGGCGGAACGUGGAGCGAGGAGAUUAACAACUAUCCUGGCUGCGGCGUCGACAUCCCGUCCCACUUCUACAGCUUCAGCUUCAACCCCAACCCUGCCUGGUCACACACGUACUGCCGGCACGACGAGCUGGCGGCGUACAUGAACAGCACGGUGGACAAGUUUGGGCUGCGGCCGCACUUCCGCCUGGGCACCGAGGUGGUGUCUGCCACAUGGACGACGAAGGACGCCGCCGUCAAUCCAUUCUGGCGCGUAGUCGUGCGCGACGCGAGCGGGACGUACACUAUCCACGCGGACAUUGUCGUCUCGGCCGUUGGCAUCCUCUCGACACCGAAGGAGUUGGCUCUGGAGGGCUUGGAGUCGUUCCAAGGCCGAUACUGGCACUCGGCGCAGUGGGACACGUCGUACGACUGGCGCGGCAAACACAUCGCCGUCGUCGGGAACGGGUGCAGCGCGACCCAGAUCAUCCCCGACAUGCUCGCGGACGGCGUGGGGUCUAUCACGCAGUUUGGCCGCAGUAGCCAGUGGUACAUGCCGCGCGAGGACCCGGCCAUCCCGGCCUGGCAGCAGUGGUGCUACGCCAACAUACCGCUAUAUCUGACCCUCACGCGGUUCUGGCACUACUACAAGGUCGACGCGGAGAGCAUCACGCUGGAAACGAGCGCGCGGGCCAAGCCGUGGGUCGACAAGCUGGCCGCCAAGGGCAUUGCGCACAUCAAGGCGACGGCGCCGCCGCAGCUCGUGGACGACCUCAUCCCCGACUCGGUGGUCGGGUGUAAGCGCCGCGUAAUGGACGGCACGAACAAGGGGUCGUAUCUCGCUCCACUGUCCAACCCGCGCCUGACGCUGGUGCCAAGCCGCGCAGUCAAGGCCGACGCAACGGGCAUCAUCGCUGCGAGCGGGACGCGCGCAGACGCGGACGCCGUUGUCUUCUGCACAGGGUACACGCCGACAGAGUACCUUGUCCCGGUGGAGAUCCGUGGCGUGGGCGGCAGGACGCUCGAGGACGUGUGGGACGCAGACGAGGGCGCGCACGCGUUCGCGACUACCUCGGUGUCGGGCUUUCCCAACUUUGCUCUCGUGUUCGGGCCCAACUCGCUCCCGUCGAACAACUCGUGCAUCUUCAAGGCCGAGUGUGGGAUCGAGUACAUCGAGCGAGUCCUCUUCCGGCCCUUGCUCGUCGAGCGCUCGGCGCAGGUCAUCGACGUGCGCCGCGAAGCCGAGGUGCGAUGGACGGCGCAUAUCCGCCACCGCCUGACCCGCAUGGUCUGGUCGAGCGGCUGCGCAAACUGGUACCUCAACAAAUGGGGCCACAACACCACCAAUUUCCCCGCGAGCGGGAUGGAGUACCGCCGCAUGCUGGUCAGCACGACACUGGCAGACUACGACGUGCAGGGGAAGAAUGCCUGGUGGGGGGUGUACCGCGCGCUCGACUGGGUCACGUACUGGCCCUGGGCGGUGGUUCUCAACCUCCUGCUGCUGCUUGUCGAUGCGGCAGAGAAGCGCUUCCCGCUGUUGUAG